AUGGAUGAAGGAGGGUUUAUCUGACGAUGUUAGAAAGAGCUUACUUAAAAAAUACCCUAGGAAGGGAGAGUUUUACACUGAACCUCCAAAAAUAAAUUUGGAAAUAACUCCGGCGCUCUCUGAAAUCACCAAAAAGAGAGAUGAGCACUUUGUUGAAACGCAAGAGUGUGUAGGAUCGGCAAUUAUGUCAGUGGGUGCUGCCUUAUCACUCCUUCUAGACACUUCUGACAAAGAAGUGGACGAGUUAAAACUCAUGGAGUAUCUGAGUGAUGCCGGUAAACUACUAGCGGAAACCUUUCACCAACACUCAGUGGCCCGAAAAUCCUACAUUACGCCGGUAAUGAAGAAGGGAGUCAAGACUCUGGUCGACUCCAUACCUCCAGACCAAUGGCUAUAUGGAGAUAAAUUGGCGGAGCAACUCAAAGAAGCGAAAGCAAUUGAGAAUGCUUGCCAGAACUUGAAAGUUCCGGAAAAAGCUACGAAAAAACCGCUCCAGAGGUCACAAGCUUAUCAGGGAAACUUGAGGGGCCCGCCUGUCUAUCACAGGCAGACGGGCACAAACUACCAGAGAAAGUACUCACGCUUCAAAGCCAGAAGCUCCCGAACGAGUCAAAUACCAAGCCGGGAGAAGACUCAGACCCAGACCAAGGACCCACGAAAGAAAUAAUCACGAUCCAAGGUACACCCACUUGCGAGAACACUUUCCCUGGUAGCCGUACGCUUGUCAGGAAAAUAUAUUUAAAUAAAGGACUAUCUUCAGAAGCUGCGGAUAUCAUGCUAAGCUCUAUCACAGAAUCUACGCUCAAACAGUAUGAAAGUUCACUGAAAGAGUGGUGGGCUUUCGCAAAAGGAAAAAAUUACGACAUUCAUGACGCUGACGAGUUAAAAGUCAUAGAAUUUUUAACCAAGAGAUUCAACAGCGGCUGUAAGUAUGGUACCUUAAAUUCGGAUAGGGCUGCUAUUGCCCUCAUCGCCCACGAACGCCAAAUAGAUAACAAAUUGAUAUCACGUUUUAUGCGAGGUGUUUUUAAAAAACGACCAACGCGACCAAAGUACGCUACCAUGUGGGAUACGGAUCGGGUUCUUCUAUACAUAGAGGCUAUGCCGGAUACCGAAAAGCUGGAAAUUAAGAAACUGGCCGAAAAGACAAUUACGUUAAUGAUCUUAGCGACAGCUCAUCGUUUACAAACUAUGGCUUUGAUCAACAUAGAUAACAUCAAAAUAUCUACUACAGCAAUCGAGAUUAAAGUUCCUGAUCUAAUAAAAACGUCAAAACCAGGUACCUUCCAACCUAAUUUGGUUCUACCAUUCUUUAAGGAAAGAAAAAGUGUGUGCGUAGCAAAAACUCUAACACAAUAUUUGAAAAUAACACAAGCAUUAAGAGGUGAUACCAAGAACCUCUUUAUUUCAACUAUUAAACCGCAUAAAGCGGUUGGGGCCCAAACCUUAGGUCAUUGGGUAAAAGCCUUUUUAAAGAAAUCGGGAAUAGAUACCGACAACUUCAGCGCAUAUAGUACAAAGCAUGCGGCCGUGUCAAAAGCAAAGGUCCGAGGUGUCGACAUAGAUACAAUUAGACGGACAGCGGGAUGGUCAAAAAACUCAUUAGCAUUCGCUAGAUUUUAUAAUAGACCAAUACAAGAGUCAAAUGAAACAUUUGCA